AUGGGACCAAAUUCCGAAGUCGCCAUAUUCCGCCGAUUCGGAAGCCUGAACAUGUUCAGCCUUCUUUCCAUGCAAGCAGAGCUCACGGAGCUAGAGCGAAAAUUCACCGACAUAUGUCUCGACGAUUCAGCGAGCGAUAUCGAGCCUGUGAACCACUUUUGUCGCAACUUUGCCAAGUUGAGAGCCUCAGAAGGAACAGAGCACGAUCUUCAACUGCAGAUGUUAGAGAGUAUCAAGACCAAACUUGCAGAAUACAAUGCAGCCCUAGUCCUAGCUUCUGAAGUCGCGAACUUGGAAAAGCCUGGAAAAGCCGACGUCUCUCGACUACGAGAGUGGUUGAAAACAGAUGGCCUCGGCGACAACUUCCUGGCAGGAACGGGAACGGAGUCCUUCACAUGGGACACCAAGAAUGAGGGUGACUUCGUGGUGCUGAGUGCACCACCCUCUGAUAACGAACCUCUGCUGCCAGCCUUGUCCUCGCUGCCCUUGGACUUACUUCACUGCUGUCUGAGAAGAAAGCGUAGCAGAGCUGCUGAUGUCGAGACUGGUGUCUUAAUGUACAACGACAUCUACUUGCGACGCUUCAACAAGCUCAUCGUGACACUCGUCGCUUCUCUCCUCCCAAUCGUUGCCAUAAUCGUCCUGUACGCCGUCAAAGGAACAUGGCGUCGCAUCUGCGUAGCCAUCGCAUUCACUGCGCUCUUUGGAAUCGCCAUGGCGUGCACCACCGCGCGGCAAUCCGAGAUCUUUGCUGCAACGGCAGCAUUUGCGGCGGUUGAGGUUGUGUUUAUUGGAAGUGUCUCUGGCAAUUGA